GACUUCUGCCGAAGAAGACACAGGGAAACAUGGCGUCGCCUAUCACAUUGUUAUUGUUGUCGUUUUUACAAGGUUUUUUAUUUUUAAAGGUUGUGGUUGGCAAUGACAUGAACAAACUCUCCGAAUCAUGUUACAAACCCAUCAGGGACAAUAGACCAAGCAGUGUAAAGACAUCCCCCCGACCUCACGAGUAUGUGAACAUCUCCAAUCUCCCAUUAACUUGGGACUGGAGAAGCAUCGAUGGCAAAAAUUAUAUGAGCAUCACGCGCAACCAACAUAUUCCACAGUAUUGCGGUUCGUGCUGGGCCAUGGGAGCAACCAGUGCGCUCGCAGACAGAAUCAACAUUAAACGAAAAGGAGCCUGGCCGUCUGCAUACCUGUCAGUCCAGAAUGUGAUUGACUGUGGACGGGCAGGAUCCUGCUACGGAGGGGAUCAUCUAGGAGUGUACGCCUAUGCGCACGAGAAAGGAAUCCCUGAUGAAACGUGCAAUAACUACCAGGCCAAAAAUCAGAAAUGUGAGCUGUUCAACCAGUGUGGCACAUGCUCUUUCUUCGAGUCUUGUGACAUUGUGAAGAACUACACACUAUGGAAAGUAGGAGACUAUGGAGAAGUGUCUGGCCGGGACAAGAUGAAAGCAGAGAUCUACACUAAUGGGCCCAUCAGCUGUGGAGUAAUGGCCACUGCUGGCUUGGAGGCGUACACCGGAGGGCUAUUUGCAGAAUUCCACCCUCUUUCUCUCAUGAACCACAUAAUAUCUGUGGCGGGCUGGGGUGUGACUGAGGAUGGGACAGAGUACUGGGUUGUCAGGAACUCGUGGGGAGAACCUUGGGGAGAAUAUGGAUGGGCAAGAAUCGUCACUAGUGCUUACAAAGGAGGAAAAGGCAACUUUUACAACCUGGCAGUUGAAAAGAGAUGUGCAUAUGGAGACCCCAUCGUAACAUAGUGGAAGGCAAAUCAGUCUACAAAAUUGUAUAUUAAAAAUACUUAAGCAAAGGGACUUUAUUCAUAUACAUUCACAAUUUAAAGAAAUAAGCUACCCUCUGGUAAUGGCGAGUUGUUUCAUAAUUGCAUGAGAAGGAGGAAACUUUCCCCUCAACCAAAUGUUAACACUGGAACACAAAACACUUAAGCUAAACAACUCACUGUAAACAGAGGAUUAUGGUAGUUGUUCAAAUCCACCAUUUAGCUUUACUGCAGAUUUAUUAAAUACUUUUACUGAAAUAAAUCAAAUGAUAUUGUUCACAAAAUGUUUGUUUGUAUAUGUAAUGCAGUUUGUAACCUUCUUCACUGAACUGCCAGUGCAAGAGGAAGCCCAAGCCUUCUUUGCAUGAAGGCUCUGAUAUGCUACAUCAACAAAUAACCAACUGUUGCUCCUAAUACUUUUCAUUAAAAGGC